AUGUCCGCAUCCAAGGUCGAUGUUCGCCCAGCCAAACUACUCUCAUCCCGAGCGUAUCGUGUGCCCGGACAACUUCUCAUCACCGAGUAUUUCUUCAAGGUACCACUCGACCAUGCCGAUCCCGACGGGGAACAAAUCCGCCUGUUCUGUCGGGCAGGCGAAAAGGUUCAAAACGCCGUGGUCCCCAAAGAGCCCGAAUAUCUUCCCUGGUUUGUCUACAUCACCGGCGGGCCGGGGUUUCCUGGUCGUCCGCCCCAGGACCAACCAGGACUCACGAACGAAGUUCUAGACCGGGGUUACAAAUUCCUCUCCUUCGACCACCGCGGCAUGGGUCUUUCGACACCGGUCACGGCGGACACUCUCAUGCUCAAAGGCGACCCUGAAGCCCAAGCUCGAUACCUCAAGCUGUUCCGCGCCGACAACGCCGUCAGAGACCUCGAGGCCAUCCGCAAAUGCCUCACGGCCGAGUACCCUGCGGACGACGACAGGAGGAAGUGGACGGUCAUGGGCCAAAGCUACGGCGGCUACGUGUGCUUCACCUACCUGAGCUUCUACCCGGAAGGGCUGCGUGAAGCCUUCCCCUUGGGAGGCACGCCGCCUGUGACGGCACUUAGACCCGACGAACCUAUACGACGGCUGUUCAGGAAGGUUCUCGAACGGAACGAUCUUUUCUUCGCCAAGUUCCCCGAAGACAAAGCCAACGUCCAGAGAGUGGCUCGACACAUUGCGGAACACAAACCGACGCUGCCGUCGGGCGUCGCCCUGACCCCGGCCCGCUUUCUCGAACUGGGCAUACACCUGGGCUUCCACGGCGGGUUCGACAUCGUGCACGCCGUGGUGCUGCGCGCGGUCAACGACCUCGAGCUCUUCGGGUUCCUCACGCGACCGACGCUGACCGAGUUCGAGAACUGGCCGUCGUUCGACAACCAUCCCAUCUACGCCCUGCUGCACGGGCCCCUGUACGCGCAGGGCCACGCGUCCAACUGGGCCUUCGACAGGGUCCGCGAUGAACCGGAGUUCGCCAUGUUCAAGCACAAGGACCACCAGCAGCAGCAGCAGCAAGGGCAAGACGACGUGGUCUACUUCACGGGCGAAAUGGUCUUCCGCUCAGUCUUCUCGGACAAUGCCGACCUGAGGCGCGUCGCCGAGACCGCCGCCUUGUUGGAAUCCAACGACGACUGGCCGCCGCUGUACGACCUGGACCAGCUGCGGCGGAAUACCGUCCCCGUCUACGCGGCCGUCUUCGUCGACGACAUGUACGUGGACCUGAUGUUUUCUCUGGAGACGGCGGGCCUGGUCAAGAACUACCACAUGCAUCUCACCAACGUCAUGUUCCACGACGCCGUCCGGGCCAAGACUCGAGACGUUCUGAAAGCCGUCUUUUCUCUCAGGGACGAUACUCUUGUCUGA